GUACAACUGGAAAUCGCCAGAUCCCUCAACAAUAUUGCAAUAACUUCCAUCUCCAUCAUGCCAUGCCAUUUUUCAUAAUACGGGCCGAUGCGCCGGGCUGAAGGCAUGCCCACUUGCGCGUGCGCAUUUGCGCAAGACCCUCGCCUUGUAUGUACUCGUACUACUAUCUGAUUAUUGCGGGGUUCAGCGAUCGCCAUCCACCUCCGUCGACAGGCGACACGCUUUGAUAGUCAAUCACAUCUUUCGGUCGUCCUCCAGCCUCCAGGCGCGAGAACCCUCCCACGACAAGACCCCGACCCCUUUGCGCUCAUUACGCCCUCCUGAACCAUGCUCUCCAAGUUCAAGACGGGCUCCUCGGCGACUGCCUCAGGCAAAGCUAAGCUUGAGCAGGUGAACGACUUACUCGCCAAGCUGAAAAGGGAUAUAGAAACCCCUAAGCUAUCUACCCUGCACCAAAAACAACUACUGUUGGAGCUCAAAGUCCAUGGCCGAGCCGCGGAGAACGCCGACCCCAUAUUCACAGAAGAUGGCCUACGGACAUUAUCGACCUACGCCGAGCGCGACGACGAUGAAGUCUCACAAGAAGCUCUACGAUGCAUGGCAAAUGCCCUCCUCCUGCAACCACACACCCGCCAGAUACUGGUCAACCUAGGAUAUGGACCAAAGGCGGCAGAGAAGAUGAAGAGCGAAUCCAUGGACGACGAGUUCUUGAUCUCCCGUAUCCUCUUCCUCAUGACCUACGACACCGACCUCGACUACUCCCUCCUCGUCGACCAGCACCAACUCGCCGACAGCAUCAACACGGCGCUCCACCGACACGCAAAGCGAUACUCCAAGUCCGUCCGACGCCUCUCCCAGCACCACACACAACCCAUGGAACUCAUGGCGCUCUCCGAGACCCUCAAACUCCUCUUCAACAUAACCCACUUCUACCCAGACCUCAGCGAGCACUUCUCCAAAUCCAUCCCCAACAUCUUCAAGAUCCUCGUGCGGCGCGCGAUCCCCAGCCCGCCCCUCAAACCCCCAGUAAACUACCUCGUCAACGCACUCAUCAACCUCGACCUGGAAGACAAAAAAGGCCAACAACUCAAAUUCCUCGGCAUGAACGCCGUGUUUCCCAAAUUCGACUCCAAAUGCAACGCCGAGCAACUCAUCGACAUCCUCGACAACGCCAUCGUCGCGUACACCGAGUCCGAACUCGACACCACCAUCGCCCCGGUCCUCACCCUCAUCCGCCGCAUCUACGAGAUCGCCCCCGACAACGUCAAGAAGUACAUGGAGUGGCUCCUCCUCCCCACCGACCAGGAACGCAGCCGGCCCCUCGGCAAGUCGGACACCCUCUCCGCGCGCCUGCUCCGCCUCUCCACCUCCGCACUCACCCCCAGCCUCCGCAGCUCCAUCUCAGCAAUGAUGUUCGAGCUCUCCGGCAAGGACGCUACCAAGUUCGUCCAGAACGUCGGGUACGGCUUCGCGUCCGGGUUCCUGCUGUCGAAUAACAUCCAGAUGCCGGAGAACGCAAUGGAGGCCAGUGCCAUGGGCGGCGGUAAUGGCGACGCGGAUGGCGAUGCCGACGCCGUGCCGAUUAACCCCAUCACGGGACAGCGGCUCGACGCGGAGGAGCCCGAUGACAGCGAGCCUAUGACGGAGGAGGAGAAGGAGCGCGAGGCGGAGAGGCUGUUUGUGCUGUUUGAGCGGCUCAAGGCGACGGGCGUCAUGAAUGUGCAGAAUCCGGUCGAGCAGGCGUAUCGGUCGGGUAGGAUUGAGGAGUUGCCGGAUGAUCAUGUGGAUUAGAGUCGCUACAGAGGAAUUGGGGUACCUUUUUGUUCAAUAGAUUCAUGGGGUUUGUCGCGGUAUGUUCGAUUUUGCAGCAAUCCAGCGUAUCUGGAGUAUAUCAACAUCCAAAGAGUCGUUUUGGAACAUGAAGACCCACCCGUAGGAAUGAAGAUGAAAAACAUGCUUUUCUAUCUAGG